AUGUUGCUCCUACCCCUGCUAGCAACAGCUGCCACCGUCGCCCCGGUGUGGGCGGCUGGUCCCGUGACGCCGAUGGCAGCCGGCAUGAACGCUCUGGACCCCCGAACUCUCCCGAACUCCCCCUCGGGAGGCUACGCCCCAGCCAUUGUCGACUGCCCGGCAGUCAGUCCUACUAUCCGCUCUGCGCUGGCCCUAUCGCCUAAUGAGACGGCAUGGCUCACAAACCGACGGAGUGCUAUAGUUGAGCCAUUACGGGGCUUUCUCACCCGCGCCAACAUCCCUGAUUUUGAUGCUGGCGCCUAUAUUGAUGGCCUUAGCUCGUCGCCGUCCCAGUUGCCUAACGUCGCUAUUGCUAUAUCAGGGGGUGGGUAUCGCGCUCUUAUGAACGGCGCUGGCUUCCUAGCGGCUGCAGACAGCCGCACGCCCAGCUCUACAUCUGCUGGCGGCAUCGGCGGCCUGCUACAGUCAGCCACCUACCUAUCUGGUCUCUCUGGCGGCGGCUGGCUUAUAGGCUCUCUCUUCUUUAACAACUUUUCCUCAGUAGUCGACCUACAGCAGAGCUCUGCCGUCUGGCGAUUCGACAACUCUAUAUUUACUGGACCUAAGAAGCACGGCCUCUCUAUCUUCAACACAGCCACGUACUGGAAAAACAUUAUUAGCCAAGUCGACAGUAAGGAGAAGGGAUUUAUAGUGUCUGUCACAGACUACUGGGGCCGCGCCCUCUCAAAUCAGCUUAUUAAUGAUCUUGAUGGCGGCCCAGCCUAUACCUUUUCCUCUAUUGCCGAAUCCCCCGACUUCCAGGCUGGCGCCCAGCCGUUCCCUAUCCUAGUUGCUGAUGGCCGUGCCCCUGGCGAGCAUAUUAUCUCACUUAACGCUACUGUAUAUGAGUUUAACCCUUUUGAGCUUGGCACCUGGGACAACACGGCCUUUGGCUUUGCACCCCUUCCCUACCUUGCCUCUAACUUUACUAAUGGCAGUAUUACUGCUGGCGGCUCUUGCGUUCGCGGCUUUGAUCAGGCUGGCUUUGUUAUAGGCACCUCAUCCUCCCUCUUCAAUCAGUUCCUCCUGAGGAACCUCUCUACAUCCGAAUCUGAGCGUAUCCCUGAGUUCGUCCAGGGCGCCCUUAGGAAGAUCCUUAAGGUCAUUGACGAGGACGACAAAGACAUUGCGCCAUACGUGCCGAACCCCUUCUUCGGCUGGAACCCAAGCACCAACCCUACUGCCAACUCUUCUCAGCUGACCCUCGUUGAUGGUGGGGAGGACCAUCAGAAUAUCCCACUUCAACCGCUAAUCCAGCCAAACCGCGCAGUCGAUGUUGUUUUUGCUGUUGAUUCCACGUCAGACACUACCUUCCACUGGCCUAAUGGUAGCGCCCUACGCCACACCUACAACCGCGCUGCUGAGCCUAUUGCGAACGGGACGCUCUUCCCGCCUGUCCCUGACGCUAAUACCUUCAUCAACCUUGGCCUGAACCGCCGCCCAACCUUCUUCGGCUGCAAUGCCUCUAAUUUCACCCUUAGCAGCGACCAACACCUGCCCCCCCUCAUCGUCUACAUCCCCAAUGCGCCCUAUGUUGCCCAUUCUAAUGUCUCCACUUUCGACCUUAAAUACAACCUUGACCAGCGCGACGCAAUCAUCCAGAACGGCUAUAAUGCAGCAACUCAGGGCAAUGCUACCCUCGACGAGGAGUGGCCUGUUUGUGUCGCCUGCGCUGUCCUUUCGCGCAGCAUGGAACGCGCCCGCCAGACUACGCCGACGGCGUGCGCCAGCUGCUUUCAGCGGUACUGUUGGAACGGUACUCUCGACACGCGCGACCCCCCCGAGUACGAGCCCAACUUUGCUAUUGGGGCCUAA